CGUACGUAGGGCCACCUGGUUGCUCUUUCUGGCCCUCAUCUUGCUGGAUGAUUGCCUUCAUUCGGCACACUACAAGCACCUCAUUCGGUUCUUUGAACUGGUGCGAGGAUGCUUGUAGCUUGAGAUGCCCAGGGAUAGGUUACCGCGGCUAACAAGAGACUUUGUGGAGUGGGUGCAAGAUUUCGAAAAGCUUUACUACCGUGAUAAUCCAGCUGUCUCCAUGUCUGUGUCCUUCAGGUACAUAUGCUCUUGCAUACGUUGUCGAUGUCGACCGAUGGAUUUUCGCCAUUCGACGGCGUUUCAUCCACCACAUGGCCAAUCAUUUUAUUCAACCUCAAUCUCCCCCCUGAAAUGAGAGUCCAUGUGGAAGAAGUGUUGUGUGCGGGUCUUCUGCCAGGAGACCUCCAGGACCUUUUAUUCACCUCUUUCCCCAUCCCAUAUACAUCCCGAAAAAAUCGACUACGACCCAUUCUCUUUCCUCUUCGGUCGCAUGAUUCUUUCAUCUCGCAGAGCAGAUUGAUCGUAACCGCUCCCUCCCGAGUAUGGUAUAAAGGUGCGUCGAUAUUCUAUAAGCUUCCAGCUAUAGAAUCCACCUUAUCCUUUCCUACCGACUUCAUGCACCUCAUCUUCGAGAACGUUUUGCAGACUCUGGUCAGUCUCUUUGGCGGUGAUGUCAAAGGGAUGGAGCAGGACGUUUUUGUCAUUCCGAAGAAGAAGUGGGAAGACCUUGGGAGGGCCACCGCGGCAUGCGGUGCUUCUAUUCCCUCCUGUUUUGGUUCUCGACCGCCCAACUUCGUCGAGAAUAGGCAACGUUGCACGGCAGACAGCUGGUCAUUCUGGUUGCUCUAUCAUGCCUCCAACCUGUUGGAUGGUUGUCUUCCUUCGGCACAUUACAGGCACUUUGCUCGGUUCUCUGAACUGGUAGGAGAAUGCUUGCAGUUUGAGAUGCCCAAGGAAAGGCUACCGGGGCUAAGAAGAGACUUUGCGGAGUGGGUGCAAGAUUUCGAAAAGCUCUACUAUCGCAACACUCAAAUGGGGGAGAUUAAGCUAUUAGCGUCAAGAUUCAAUGUACAUGAUAUGCAUGCCAAACAAUGAUAAUGAACAUAGC